AUGGCCACAAACCCAGACCACCUCAAACCGUCCUCAUCCCGCCCCUCCUCCUAUUCGCAAAAGCCUACCACUCCAAUGUACAAACCACCUCUAACCGCCCACCCCACCGCAACAGUCCCGGACAGCGCCAGCUUCCAAGGCAUACACCCUAUUUCCAUUGGUGCAGGCACCGUAAUACACCCGCGCAGCAAAUUCCUCUCUUUCGAAGGCCCCAUCCAUAUCGGAGACGGCUGCAUAAUCGGCGAAAAGUCCGUCAUUGGCGGGCCGCAAGCAUCUCCGAUCUCCUCAACUUCAAUGACUGAUGCAGAAUCCGCUACGACAAGUACAGAAGCCACAACUACCUUGCCCACUUGCUCAUCAACGACAAUUACUACAACACUCGAGAAGUCCAUAAUUAUUGGGCCUCUCGCUACAAUAAGCGCGGGAACCCAUAUCUCCUCGGCCGCGACGGUAGAUACCUCCUCCUUCUUAGGUCGGGGCGUUCAGGUUGGCCAGCACGCGAAAGUGUGUUCUAGCUGUAGCAUUCCUGAUAGCAGCGUCGUUGACGACUGGACUGUGAUAUGGGGUGGUGGUGUGGGUGCGGCAAGCAGGUUACAGAGGCGGAAAAGGGUGAAUGGGCAACACCAGCAACCAAGUGAUGAGCCAGGAGUUGGCCUUGGGUCUGGAGCUGCGAUUGUGGAGCGAGGGCGGUUGGGAGUGCUGGAAAAGGAGAGAGAGGGCUUGACGAAGUUAAUCGGGGCUCGGAGUGCUGGAGAGGUGGGGAGGAGGAAAUGA